UGGUGACCUCAUCCAUCCCCCACACCGUAAAGCCGUCCGGCAGCUCAAGGGGUGGGAAGGAGGCGGGGGCUCCGGGACCAGGGCGGCGGCUCCUUUCCCCAGUUCAGACCAGAGGCGCCAGUACCGCCAACCCCAGCUCUCCCAGGCCACCCUGCCCCGUGCCCCGAACCCCCUAGUCCCCAUGGCCGGCCUCAACUCCCUGGAGGCGGUGAAAAGGAAAAUCCAGGCGCUGCAGCAGCAGGCGGAUGAGGCGGAGGACCGAGCCCAGAGCCUGCAGCGGGAGCUGGACGGCGAGCGAGAGCAGCGGGAGAAAGCCGAAGGAGAUGUGGCAGCUCUGAAUCGACGGAUCCAACUAGUUGAGGAAGAGUUGGACCGGGCCCAAGAACGUCUGGCCACAGCCCUGCAGAAACUGGAGGAGGCGGAAAAGGCAGCUGAUGAGAGUGAGAGAGGAAUGAAGGUGAUUGAGAACCGGGCAAUGAAGGAUGAAGAGAAAAUGGAAAUUCAGGAGAUGCAGUUGAAGGAAGCCAAGCAUAUUGCAGAGGAGGCAGAUCGCAAAUAUGAGGAGGUAGCUCGUAAGUUGGUCAUCCUUGAGGGCGAGCUGGAGCGAGCAGAGGAGCGUGCUGAGGUGUCAGAACUGAAGUGUGGCGAUCUGGAAGAGGAGCUGAAGAAUGUCACCAACAACCUGAAGUCCUUGGAGGCUGCAUCAGAGAAGUAUUCUGAAAAGGAGGAUAAAUAUGAAGAAGAAAUCAAGCUUCUAUCUGACAAACUUAAAGAGGCUGAGACCCGAGCUGAGUUUGCAGAAAGAACCGUUGCAAAACUGGAAAAGACCAUCGAUGACCUGGAAGACGAGCUGUACGCCCAGAAACUGAAAUACAAAGCGAUCAGUGAGGAGCUGGACCACGCACUCAACGACAUGACCUCUCUCUAAAGGGCAUUUCCUCUCUGUCUCUUCCACCCUGCCUCCUGACCUACUUAGCCUGGAUUUGGCCUCUUCACUGUGACCAGGGCUCUUAGAGGGCUUCUGGCCUUUGCCAGCUUUACUUUGCUCACUCCUAUCAUCCUUCAGUGACCAUGACUAUAAAUGGCCUGUUGAAAUAAAGACAAGCAGUCUGGAUCUAUGCUUUCUUCUUUCUUUUCCAUUUUCUCACUACUUUUGCACCAUCCCCAGGGUUCCUUUCUCAAUGACUCACAUACACAGAAACAAUCUCUUAGAGAAAGGCUCUUUUCAAAGUCAUGUAUCUGAAAGGUGAUUUAAUAAAGCCAACAACUCCCAUUUAUUUAAUGCUUUCAAUUUUCCAAAGCACUUUCCUGAUUCUUGGACAAAAUAGUAAUUAAAAUCAUAUUUGCCUAAGCCCUUAAGCACAGAAUUUUACUAGAGUUCUAUCAUUAUGGCUGAUGCAGUUAGAUAACAUUUAUAAUCCUAGCUCAAAUUCCUAUAGUGCUUUAAUAGAGGAAAUAGUCUUUUCCUUGCAACGUCCCUGUGACAUAGGUAUUUUAGGUGGCAUCAUCCCAAAGCCAAAUAGAUGAGGAAACUGAACUCUAGUGUUGAAGGGACUUGCCCAAGGGCAAACAAUAUUCAGAAAGCUUCUUCUUAGGGAUAGUAGUAGGGACUGGACCUGUGACUUCACUGGUAAGGGAAACUCCCAGUGGAAGGGAUUCCCUCAGCCAGGGCAAGCUGGCAAGGGUACCAUCUCUGCAACAAAGUUGCUUGGAGCACUGAGAGGUUAAGAGAAAAAUUUGAAUCUGUCUUACUGGCUUCAAGGCCAACCUUCUCUGUCCAUUGUCCUAAACUACCUCUUGCUCCUUUUUAAAUAAAUACAAAUUUGCUAGAACCUUCUUUAGUCUCUAAAUAACUUCAGAUGCACUGAUCCAAAAGAUAGCAGACACUGCAAAGGUAGCAAAGUUUCUGGCCUUGAGCAGAUAAUGGCGUGCAAAGGUGUAACUGAAACAAGGCAACUGGGUUUUUCUCAGGUUCCUAAAAUCUAGAGGAUUGCAAUUGCAAUCCUUGAUGAUUAAAAACUGAACUUAGCAUCUAGUUAGUAAAACAAAUGACUUAAAAUAGGAAACUAGCAGAUGGCCCGUACUUCCUCUGCCACUGUCUCUGGUGUACUCCUCCUUGUCCCAGCCCCAUCAUUUCCCCCCAGUAGUUGCCUCUCAGUAUUUUUGGGUUUCUACCUCUCACCCCUAAGUGAAUGGAGAGUGUGUUUGAUGUUUUAUACCUUCCAGGUAUAAAAUUGCUUUGGUAAAGUAUAGUAAGCCUUCCAUUUGGGAGUCCAACAGCCAAGUUGAAUCCCAGAUAUGUUUCUGAUUCACCUGUAUGACUUUAAGCAUGUCACUUCUUCUGAAGGUCUCAGUUCUCACAUCAGUUAGAAGAGUUGGGGCUAGGGCUGCCUCCAACUCUAACAUUGCAUGAUUUUAAGCCUGAAGGCAGAUUGUUCCCUGGCAGAGGGAUUGGACUCUUUAAAUUCUACAUUUCAGUUUCAUUUCAUUUGUUUUUCAUCAUCUUUUAUUCAUGUCACAUAUUCAGUAAAAGGCAUUUCACAAAUCUUAAUUGGUAAUGGGGUAUUAAAUCCUGUUCAUAAUCUUGGAGCAUGACAGAACUUCCUAAAUUGAGACUCCAGUGACAUUCAACUAUUAAUUUCCCUGGCCCCUAGAGGACCAAAGGGAGGGGGGGGUAUUGGGGGGAGAAUGGAGGAGGGCAAUAAAAAGCAUGCUGGGAAUUAAGGGAUGGCAUUCUUCUAGGGGAUGAUAAGGUCCUAGGAGAAAGACAAUAAUAUGGCUUUCUUCUUCUUCUGUUGACUCCAAAGGAAUCAACGUGUCUUUCUAAGCCCUUUAAAUUUAGAGAAACAUUCAGAUAACAAGGAUGGCUCCCAUUUCUAUAGUGAUUUGUAGUUUACAAGGUUAUUUGUUCCCAGUACCUCCAAGAAGUAGGAACCACAGGGUGGAUUAGUCUUAGCAUGUACAAGUAGUAGCUAAAACUUAGAGAACAUCAUACAACUAGUAACAUAGCGGGGUGGGACUCAAACCUGGAUUCUUUGCUACAAACUCUUUCCAUAAUACUAAGCAGCCAUCCCUAGUUCUUUUGACAAUCUAUCAAUCCUGACAGAGUCAAAAGGACUGAGUAUGAGUCUUGGAGCUGACAUUUCCUAGCAAUGUGACCUUAGGAAGAUACCCUCCUCUAUCAGGGUUUAGACUUCAAAAUCCCAUCCACCUUGAAUAGCAAAAGUCAUUUUCCCUCUCUGGAAACCAGUUUCAUCUUCUGUAAAAUAGAGAAGAAUAUACUGAAUUAAUUGCUUCACAGGGUGGUUUUUAGGAAAGUACUUUAUAAACUUUAAAGUGCUAUAGCAGGGGUGGCUAGGUAGCACAGUGGAUAGAGCACCAGGCCUGGAGUCCUGGAGUCUGUAGGACCCCCGAGUUCAAAUAUGGCCCCAGGCACAGGAGGAGUCAUUUAACUCCAAUUGCCUCACCCUUACUGCUCUUCUAUCCUAGAAUCAAUAUUUAGUAUUGAUUCUAAGACAGAAGGUAAGGGGUGGUUUUUUUUUUAAGUUCUAUAGUAGUAGAAGAUACAAUAAUCCUAAAUUCCUUUAUAUGUCUUUCCGACCCCUCCACCUCUUAGCUCCAUUUGCCUCUCCCUAAUAAUCAUUUUAUUUCACUCUAACCUUUAGCAUAUGUUCUACCCACUCCCAUUACAUAUAUGCAUUUGGACAGGCUAAAGAAUGAGUUGGGAUUGGUUGUUAUUUUUUCUUUUACAAAGCCAAGUAGAACCAGCCCAGCCCUUCUUACAUAUUUGUCCUACAAAUCUUUCCAGAUGUCUGUAAAUAUUACCCUUUGAAAUAACUGUACAGCCACACCUGGCCGAUCACUUUGCAGAAUUCAGCAUCUGGCAGGACUUCCUUUAUACGACUGUUUUAGGGAAGCCACUAAAAUUAGCACCCUGUUGCAGAUUUCAGAACUUGUUCCCCCAAACAGAAAUAUUUUCUAAUCGAUGAAAUUGAUGUGUUAAUAUCUCAUUCAUCCUCACAAGAUGGCAACAGUUGCCUAAGGAGAAAGGAUAUUCAAUUUAAGGCAGCUAAUAUAUACUUUGUGGGAGGUUCUAUGCUUAGCAUUGGGAAUGCAAAGAUGAAAAACAGCCCCAGGACCUGCCCUCAAGAAACUUACUGUCUUGUAGUGGAGACUGUAGAAGACCUAUACAAAAAUGGCUAUUAAUACAAGGCAUAAUUCAGUUUGGCAAACCUUUAUUAAGCACCUACAAGGUAUGAAAGUUAAUAAGUACAGACGCAGGAAGUAAGAAAAUGUGACAUAAGAAUUGAAGAGAAGGAAGGUGGUCACUUAGAGAUAGAAGAUCCGAAAAGUUCCGUGAAGGGAGCAGUACCUCAGCUAAAGAAAGGACAGGAGCAGGGCAUAAGGCAGGCUUGUUCCAGAUAGUUGCCAAAGCCAGCUGUCAAACCAUGGUCAAACCAAUUUCAAAUUGGGCCCACCCAGCAUAGAAGCAACAUAUAUUUCAAGCUGGAAAGGACCUUUGGGAUCAUCUCAUUUCACACCCUUGUUUUGCACAUGAGGUAUUAAGGCCUACAGAAGGAAAGUGACUUGCCUAAGAUCAUACAAAUUAUAAGAAGUAGAACCAUGAAACAAAGCCAACUCCAUUGACUCCAAAUGCAGUAGUCUUUUCUAGUACUUUGUGUUACCUCUGCAAUGCUCUCCAACUCCAUGAUGAUUCAACUUUGUAAAUAGCCUUUAGUUUCAAGCUUUGUCAAAGGAUUUUUGAAAGUUUAAAUAGUUAAGAGUCAAAAACCUUUCUCCACCAACUUCUAAACUUUUUUUUUUUCUGUAAUGUGCUGGCCUUCUUCCAGCAUCAUAAAGUUUCCUUUGGCCAUGUUCUUUCUCUGUCCUUUUUCAAACCACUAUUUUAUCUCUUCCUGCUCAUUCUAACACAGUACUAAAUGGAAAUCCUGUGAAUUUUUCUAUCUUUUUUUAUCUGUACCACCAAAUUAGGAGUUUAGUAAAAUGACUAAGGUAUAAUUAAAAGUGAAGUCAUUGCAUUGCCUUGCUGUGGGGGAGGUGGAGUUGAUUGUAUUUCAUUUGUUCAAUAGCUAACCAUUCUAGUAAGGUAUGGCGUAGAGAUAACUGCACUCUGGAAGCCUAUGUUAGUGGACUUGGUUCUACCAAGCUGGAAAAGCUUUCAGUGUGGUAGGACUAGUGAGAAGCUCUGUGUCUGUCACCUGAUGUCACCUCAAUAAGCAUGUAAAGGCUCAUUUAUCACCAGAUGGUUAGCCAUCAAGUUAUUUAUUUAUUUAUUUGCCAUAAGAACACACAAAGACUGUCUAAUGAGGUGUGAAGAGACUGUUGUAGGGGAGGAGAUGCCUGCAACAAUGAAAUCAUGCAUCCUUGCAGUAUUGAAGGUUAAUACAGAGAUGCAAUAGAACUACACAUAGAAAUAAAUAUAUAUAUAUAUGUAUGUAUAUAUAUAUCUGUGCAGUAGAGAAAAAUUAGAAAUCUCUAGGACCAUUUUCAAUACUUUUAAAAGAGAAAAAAAUGAAUUACAGAAUUGUGAUUUUUUUUAAUCAAAAGAACAAGAAGUAAAAAUAUUUCAGAGCCUGCAAAAAUAUGUAAAAUAUUGCAUCUGGGAGAACCAAGCACAAGUUUGAAAUCACUCAAGUAGUAAAAGUUAUCUGAUGAAAGUUCAGCAUCACAAUGAAGGUACAGUCAUUGACAUGAGUUUUCUGCUAGGCUAAGUUAGCAACUAUAAUUUCCCAGGAGGUUUUUUUAAUAAGCUUGGGUGAGUUUAAAUUUUUUUUUUAAUUUUUUUACCUUUUCUUUCUUAACUAGAAAAACUUGCCCAGGCCAAAGAAGAGAACGUGGGCUUACAUCAGACACUGGAUCAGACAUUAAACGAACUUAACUGUAUAUGAAUCAAAAAGGAAAAAUUUUGUUUGCCAGAAAUUCAAGAAAUCCAUGUUGUCCCUUUCCCUUGUAAGAAGUUUCUUCUAUUAUUGUAUCUUUUCUUUACUGGAAAUGUCAAUCAAAUUAUGAAUACCUGACCAAUAUUUGUUAUCAGAGAGGCUUUGGGCACCAGUUAAAUCUAGUUCCUUCUUUCCAACAGCACACUAAAGCUUCUAGUUGGCUUUUUUUUUAUCCUUAAGUUGCAUUUUUUUUUCCUUAGGCAGGCAGGGUAUUUAACUUAGGCCAAAAUCUCCAAGAUCGAGGGCAUUCUGUACACUCUGGGCAAUAGCAGGGAACCCAGCUGAGCUACUGGAUUGUGCCUGGGUUGAUUUAAGAACACAAGCAUUCCAUGUCACCCUGAGCCUUUUUACAGAAGGGCAAGAACCAUCUCAUAAAAUGGGUGGGGACUUUCUAUCUAUAGUGAAAAAGUUAUUCUAGGAAGUCAUAAACCACAAAGAAUAGCCUAAUUAUCAUGGUCCUUCCUCCCACUCCAUACUGCAGGGCAAACAUCCUCUGAGCACUCACUGAGAAAAUACUUUUAAAAGUAAUCGACAACAUCUAGAUUUUUUCUGGAUGAAUACUUGAGGUUCUGUUUCUGUACUGGUCCAAAUAUAGAUAGCUUAUAAGUGUCGAAUGUGGCCUACAGUUGAUGUUACUUUCACUGUAUACCUAGACUUUUUUUUUCCUUUAAAAGAGAUUUCAUUUUAGCAUUUUAGGUGACAUCAGCCUAUAUUUGGACCAGUAUGGUACUUUACCAACUUCUGGCAUUCAGAAGUUGACUUUUACAAUGCAAUUGAAAAUCUCAUUCCAAAUAAAGAACCAUGUUUGACUGUUUCCCAAUACUGUAUGGCUGAGCAUUAGUAAUAAAUUCAGCCAGUAAUUCAAUGGAAAUUAAUAUGGCGGCCUAUCUCCUUGAUAUAGUGCUUCCCAUCAUAGAUUCCAGCCCUUUUCUAUGCCACUUUCUUUGUCCAUUAAUCUGUUGGCUAGAAAUACAAAACUAAGAGCUCCUCACCAUCACUAAAGGAGAAAUAGAAAUACAAUUCAAUUUGUCUUGAUUUCAUUUUAGACUGCCAGAGUAUGGCAAAUGGAAGGUUCCAUUUCUUCCUUUGCAGAGGGAUUUUUAAUCCCUAUUUUGGGGACCAAUUUAAUAAAGACCAAAAACCUCCUGAUUCAACUGGAUUCAGAGAAUCAAGUAGAUUGCACCUAUUUGUUGUUGCUAAACUGUUUCCUUAUGUACAGCUCAGUGCUAAAAACAUUCCUUUUUCCACAGUAGUGUGGAACAGAUAUGAAAAUUCAAGUUUACAGUUCUGAUUAAAAAUUACCCUGCUUCUAGCAUAUAAUCCCAGUCCUGAUUCCUAUUUAUUAAGCAUCACACUACCCAGGAAACACACUAGGAAAUGUGAAGCUGAAUGAAACCAAGUGCUUUUCAUUUAGAUCUUUACCAAAUGUAUCAUAUGUAAUAGUAUCACCUGUUUCUAGCUUUUGGUCAAAUAAAUUUUUACAUAAACUA